GCAUUACAUGGAGGGAGUUGUAACGUCUUUAGAGGGCACAGUUACUGAAUCAAUGUAUAUGACAAAGGGACAUAACCAGGCUGGUUGUCGACAGGUAGCAAUGAAGCUCAACGUCCUGCGAGGAGUGGGAAUCACGUUUGGAGCCAUUAUUCCACUCAUCAUGUAUAUUGUCUAUAUGAAACAGGCAGUGAGUUCCACUUCCAAUACAAAAAGGCUUCACCAAAAAGAGACUGCGCUGAUGACGAGACUGGAGAGAAUUGAAAAGAACCUCAACAAACUAUCCGAAUUAAUAGAAUCUAAAUAUCAGAAAGACCCCCCAACAAGGGAAGAAGUUGUGGUAACAGAGGCAAAGAAGAUGGUGGUGCCCAAGUUGUAUCCCAACUCCUACCUGUUUACAAAGUGGGGUGAUGACCUCUCAGAGGAGGAGCAGAGAGAGGCCGAGGCCCUGUUCCAGAGAUAUGGAUACAACGUCUUCUUGAGUGACCAACUGCCACUCAACAGAGAGCUGCCAGAUACACGAGACAACAGAUGUUUGCAGAAGAAAUACUCCAAGGACCUUCCUAGUAUUGCUGUGGUAUUGAUCUACCUAGACGAGGCCCUGUCUAUCAUUAAACGGGCCAUCCGCAGCAUCAUCGACCGGACCCCUGAACACCUGCUGAGAGAAAUCAUUCUGGUGGACGACCACAGCUCCAAUGAAGACCUGGGAGAAAAGCUAGCUGCCUACAUAGAGCUCAUCCACAAGGAAAGGCCGGGCCUUAUAAAAAGGGUGAGACACAAGCAGCAGAUGGGACUGACUCAAGCCCGCAUCUCAGGGUGGGAGCACGCCACCGCCGAUACAGUGGCCAUUCUGGAUGCCCACAUUGAAGUCAACGUGGGGUGGGCAGAGCCACUGCUGGCCAGGAUCAAAGCAGACAGGACCACUGUGGUGACUCCGGUGUUUGACAAGGUCGGUUUUGAUGACCUGCAGGUGGAGCAUUACUGGGCCAAUGCACACGGUUUUGACUGGCCCCUGUGGUGCAUGUACGAGUCCUUCAGACCAGAGUGGAACGAGCUCCAUGAUGAAUCACAACCCGGGAAGAGUCCUUCUGUCAUGGGUAUUUUUGUGGCACAUCGACUUUUCCUUGGAGAGAUUGGGGUACUUGAUGGUGGAAUGAAAAUCUAUGGAGGAGAGAAUGUUGAGCUGGGGAUCAGGGUGUGGCUGUGUGGAGGAAGCAUAGAGGUAGUGCCUUGUUCUAAGAUCGCACACAUUGAGAGGGCACACAAACCGUACGCACCUGACCUGAGUUACAUCAUGAGAAGGAAUGCACUGAGGGUAGCUGCGAUCUGGAUGGACGACUACAAAAGUAAUGUGAACAUUGCUUGGAAUCUUCCGCUGAAGGAUCAUGGGAUUGAUAUUGGCGAUGUGUCAGAGAGGAAGAAGCUCAGAGAAAAGCUUGAAUGUAAGCCCUUCAAGUGGUACCUGGAUAACGUGUAUCCUACACUGGCCACCUGGGAGGAGCUAGUGGCCUAUGGAGGACUGCAGAAUGACCUCCUGCAGAGCCAUUGUAUUGAUGAGGGGACUGUCCCUGGGAAUAUACCCCUUCUUUAUGGAUGUCAUUUCUAUCAACCACAGCAAUGUUAUUACAACACUGAUGGGGAGAUCUAUGUGGGUGGGAUUAAGUCUCACAAGUACAACAACAACCGGUGUCUAGUGGAUCCUGGCACUGGAAAUAUACCAACUCUGCAUGAUUGUAAACUGGCAACGGAGAGAGGACUACACAAGCACUGGGACUUCCAACAGGGUCAAGCCAUCAGGAACACACACACAAAUAGGUGUCUUGAGAUUGGUCAGGGACAAAACUCAUACUAUAUGCUGGUCAUCCAACAAUGCACUGGGCAAAACUGGAGAAUUCAACAUGUCAUAAGAGCGUUCUAAAAGAAACCCAUGGACAAGUUGUUGGGGUCACAUUCCUGAAAUUCUAGAUUUGACAUGUGUGUUAUAACUGUUUCAAACAAUAUCUUGCCAAAAGAAAAUACAAAAUUGAUUUUAUGCAGGGUAUUGACAACAAACAUCCAAUGUAGACAAUUGCAUUAUUCUCUUUCUCUGAAAAACAUGACACAAACAGACAGAAUAAAAUAUUGCAUUGUAAAAUACUCUUGUUGAUGGUGGUUCUGAUUAUCAGCUUUUAGCUACCAAUGUGUACAUAAUAACCUAACAUAUACCAUGCACUGUAUAUUGAAUGCAUACACACAAAAAUAGUUUUUGGGGUCUUAGCAUUGCUUUCUUGUCAGUGUUGCACAUGUUUUGUCAUUCAUAAAAUACAGUGGCUAACGAAAGUAUUCUCCCCCUUGGCAUUUUUCCUAUUUUGUUGCCUUACAACCUGGAAGUCAAAUGGAUUUUCUGGGGCUUUGUAUCAUUUGAUUUACACAACAACACCACUUUGAAUUUUUUUUGUUGAAAAAAAGACAGAAAACUUGAGCGUGCAUAACUAUUCACCCCCAGAGCCACCUUUUGCAGCAAUUACAGCUGCAAGUCUUUUUGGAUAUGUCUCUAGAAGCUUGGCACAUCUAACCACUGGGAUGUUUGCCCAUUCUUCAAGGCAAAACUGCUCCAACUCCUUCAAGUUGGAUGGGUUCCGCUGGUAUACAGCAAUCUUUAAGUCAUACCACAGAUUUUCAAUUGAAUUGAGGUCUGGGCUUUGACUAGGUCAUUCCAAUACAUUUAAAUGUGUCCCCUUAAACCACUCAAGUGUUGCUUUAGCAGUAUGCUUAGGGUCCUUGUCCUGCUGGAGGGUGAACCUCCGUCCCAGUCUCAAAUCCCUGGAAGACGGAAACAGGUUUCCCUAAAGAAUUUCCCUGUAUUUAGCGCCAUCCAUCUUUCCUUCAAUUCUGACCAGUUUCCCAGUCCCUGCCGAUGAAAAUCAUCCCCACAGCAUGAUGCUGCCACCACGCUUCACUGUGGGGAUGAUGUUCCCGGGGUGUUGUUCCCGGGGUGAUGUGAGGUGUUGGGUUUGCGCCAGACAUAACGUUUUCCUUGAUGACCAAAAAGCUCAAUUUUAGUCUCAUCUGACAAGAGUAUCUUCUUCCAUAUGUUUGGGGAGUCUCCCACAUGCCUUUUGUCAAACACCAAACAUGUUUGCUUAUUUUUAUCUUUAAGCAAUGGCUUU